AUGGCAGAUCAACCAUACCAAUGUUUCCGUUUCAAAGACUCCGAAUAUAAAGUUCCGAUUCAACCUAUUGACGGUGAAUCGUUUGUUCUUUUGGAUGACAUUCAUGGUAGAACUGGGUACAAAGGUGAAUCUUUUUCCUGUAAGAGUAAUCCUGUGCGUUUUGUACGUAACAAUCGUUAUGAACGAGAAAUACCUCUACGAAUUCCAGCUAUGCCUAAUUCCAUCAUUGAUUGUGAUAUAGUGGAAGGUAUGAUAGGUGUUACAACUAUUCACAAUAAACUAGAUCGUUUGCAAAAAAGUGUUGAACGAAUAGAUGAAAAAGUAGAUAAAAUAGAUUUAGACAUGGAAAUAUUGAAGAAAAAAGCUGAUGCUCUCCUUCGACAAACAUUUCAGCUGGCAGAAUUUACUGUUCCUCGUCUUUUCAUUAUUUUACCUGAUACAACAAGUAAAUUGAAGCAAAUGAAUCGAUUUCGAAACUGCUUUCGUUUAUUCUUCUUUUGUGAACAUGAAGAACAAUGUCAUUUGGCAUUUCACGAUGGUUAUGAGCUCGAUCAACCAGGAAAAUUUAUACAGAAGUAUGGACCUUAUUUGAAAAACAUGAUCACUGUUGUUAAUGUAGCACUUACUGUAAGCGGUGUUCUAAUACCACAGUUAGGUCAUGUAGCAUCGGGAAUUUACAUACCUGAGGUUCUACGUGACAAAAGAUUUUUGACAAAUUUCCAAGAAAAACUUAAGCCAUUAUCUGCAAUGUUAGAUGAACAUAUUCCUUCCAGUCAACUGGAUUCAUUACGAAAUAUGACUUUGGAAGGUGCUGAUUUACGACAAAUGGAAAGCUUUCUACAAAAGAAAGAUAUUCAUCGAACAUUAGGCAAUUUGUAUCGAUCGACACGAGAAGAUGGUAGUGUUCGAUGGGUAUGUCUACAUCAUUAUAAUAAAUUCUAUUGUAAUGAAAAAAGCAAACAAUUACGAAAACAAUUUCGUACACAAGGUGGUAUAAUACAAGGUGACGAAAUGACGAUUAACGAAAUCGGUAUGAAGAAUAUUGAUGAACUAUUAAAUAUUAUCAGUCAAGGAUUACAUCUAGUGAAGUUAACUCUACGUGAUUGCAAAAUACGUGAGUCAACAUUCGAUAAGUUUCUUAUUCUGAUUGGUGAUCGUCAACACAUCAAGUAUUUCGAAUUAGAUUCGAUUACUAUAUCAUCUUUUAUUAGCCUCACAAUUACACAUCGUGACAUAAUUAAAAAGCUAGAAAAAACUGUAAAUAAAUGUGAACAUCUGACUAUUACAUACAUCGUUAAAUAUCCCAAAGAUAAAUCUACUUCUGAUCUGGAUCUAUUCGAUUUUGGUCUUAAACAAUCGACUGAAAGAUUACUACUUCACGUGUAUACACACGAUGAUGGAAAGAAGAUAGCACUUUACAAUCUAAAUAAAUCUGAUAUACUUCGAAUAAUCAAAUCUCUUGAACAAAAUCAAACAAUUACCAACUGUUCAAUUAAUCAAUUCGAUCGAGAGAUAAGCAAUGCUCUUCAAAUCAAUAACACGAUUACUCAUCUGACAAUAUCUUCAAUUCAAUUCGAUGAUAAACUGAUCGUUGAUUUACAACAAUUCAUAUUAAAAAAACCUUGUCUACGUGCAUUACGAUUUCUCUUAUGUGAAAAUUUGUUAUUGUUAAUUAGAAUGCUUAGCCAAGCGUUAGUCAAACAUGAGACAUUAGAAGUAUUAGCUUUAAAUAAUAUUUCUAUUAGCAAACAAGUAACUGAAUUAGCCACGAUGUUGAAAAAAAAUGAUCAUUUGACUGAACUUAAUCUUACUUUGGAUACUGGUAUUGAUAUGCAAACAUUAAUCAAUGUUUCCGAUGCAUUGAAAGCCAAUCAAUCAUUAGAAAUAUUGAAAUUAAUAAGAAUACGCGGUGGAGGUACUCAACAUAUUUCUAAUAUUAAUCUUUUUGAAUUAUUCUGCGAGAAAACAUCCAUUAAAAAAUUAGCAUUGGGUUUUUAUGAAUACAAACCAAAAAUUAGUCUAUUUCGUGAAGUCAUUCAAAGUCCUGAUACUCUUCAAAAUCUUACUUUAAAUAAUUGUAAUAUACUUGCAAGUAAAACAUUCAAUAGUACGUCUUCUAUUAUUAUUAGUGAGAGUUUGGUUAGUCUGUCUUUACAUUGCUGUGAAUUACCAUUCGACGAGGCUAUUCAUCUUUUCCGAGGUCUCGUGAAAAACAAAACAUUGGCAGCAUUAUCACUUAGUAAUAUGUACAUUCCAUCUGGUACAAGUGAUACUAAUCUCUCCGUCGAAUGGGCCAAAAUGAUUGAACAAAAUACUGGACUAAGAAAAAUUACAUAUUCCCAUGGAAGAUUAGGAAAUCAAGCAGCUAAAUUGAUAGGCGAAGCAUUGUUAAACAAUACAACCUUACAAGAAUUAAAUAUCAGUUUCAAUCGAAUAGGUUACGAUGGUGCUGUUGCAUUGACGCAGGCACUUAAAACUAAUAAAGCAUUGCUGUUGCUCAAUAUUCGAGAUAAUAAUAUUGAAGAUAAUGGUGUAAAACAAGUUCUUGAAAUUUUACAAAGCAAUACAACAUUACAAUACUUAAAUAUUCUUCAUCAAUCAGAUUCGAAGGAUUACUCAACAUCAUUCAACAGGGAAAAAGAAGAUUUAUUGAAUGCUAAUGAAUUUAUAGAGAUCCACUAA